GGAUUGAAAGAUGCCAAGAGUGGAAGAAGGUUUGGUCUUGCCGGCAGAUGGUGCUGCUUUGAAUGUCAGUGCAGGCUGUGUUCUCUCGGCUGUUUUGUUGAAAGACUGUUUACAGGCAAACAUCCAGGCGCCUCGGUGAGUGAGCUGGUCUGCGUUUUUCUGGGGGAGAGCCAUGCCAAUGUUGCUGUCGCUCUCCUCCCUUGCCUUCCUGUUGGUUUGCCUGGUGCAUUGCAGCCGCGGCUAUGUGAUCGUUAACUCGGUGUCCUGGGCGGUUACCAACCAAGAGGAAGCAGUGUCCGCCGAGGUGGACGAGGAGGUCGAGGUGGACGUGCUGCCCAACCGCCUGUUCGAGAGCAGCAGCAGCAUCUGGAAAGCCUCCUACCCCGCCGCUGUCUACCAGGAGCAGGAUGCAAACUCCAGGGCCGAGCUCCCCAGUCCUAAAGAGGUCCUCAGCUUCCCCUCCAGGAUGUUUUCUUACCGCAGGGAAGUGCUGAGUGCGAAAGCGCCCGAGCAGGCUGUCCCCGAGCAGCCCCAGCGGGAGAAAGCGCUCACCGCCCGCUACAUGGUCCACUCCAGCAACUGGGGCUUUCUGGCCACUCUCUCCACUCUAGACAAGAUCAAAGGUAUACCAUUUGGAAACAUCCUUUCAAUCAGCGAUGGCCUCCUGGACAAUAGUACUGGUGUUCCAUUUUUCUACGUCUCUCCAGUGCUCAGCACAGUUGCCGAUCUUAUGAAAAACCCAAGUGCUUCUUUAACAUUGUCAAAGGCUGAGACAGAUUACUGCAGACAAAAUGUCAUUGACCUUGAAGACUCAAGGUGUGCCAGGCUGACUCUUACUGGUCAAGUGGUGACUGUACCUGCUGAUGAAAUUGAAUUUGCAAGACAAGCUAUGUUUUCAAGGCAUCCUGUAAUGAAGAAGUGGCCUCCAGACCAUAAUUGGUUCUUUAUGAAAAUGAAUAUUCAACAUGUGUGGCUCCAGGACUGGUUUGGAGGGGUUGCUGUCAUCCCACUGGAAGAUUAUUUCAAAGCAAGCCCAAUGAACAUUGAAUAGGUUCUAAAAGAAAAUAUAUUUUUCCAAAAAAAUAGCAUUGUUGACAGUUCUGGUGGGCUCAUUUUCUUCUGUUCAGGCUGGAAAAGUCUGUUUCUCAUAAAGGUAUAUUGACUGAGUAUAGCAGGAACACUUUUUAUUAUUGAUCCUAGGGAUAUGUGCAUCACGAGCAUUUACUGACAAUCUCUGUCCUCAAGAAGAUGGUGGUGAGCCGCCUUCUUGAACAACCACAGUUCAUACGUGGCAAGUGUUGCUGUAGUGACCCGAGGCAAGAGGUUCCAGGAUGUUAACCCAGUCAAGUUGGAAGAUGCAUUGUGUGAUGCAACAUGGGCAACUUUGCCUCUUCUCCUUGCCAAUAUUUUUUGCGUACACAUGCCACACAUUACCACAUUAGUGCGCUCGUGCUCCAGCUAAGAAAUAUGAGGUAUUCAGCAGAGUUAAUAUCCCUCGGUGUUGUAAUGUUUAAUAUACAUUUUAAGAUUGCGCUUUGAAACUAGGUAUUUUUAAAAUAAAGUUCUGCUUUUUUCAGAAUUUUUUUUGUCUGCAAGGUUACCAGUGUUGUUAUUCCACUCUGAGCUUUACCCACUGUAGAAUGCAACUUUCAGAAAUUACAGACUGUUUGUAACUUGUAUUAUUCUAAGUUAGUAUAGAUGUAUUGUUUCAAAAAUCAUCUUUUGUAAUUGCCAGAAUAUGAAAAGGUCCAUGGCUGGGCAUUUGUUGUUAGCAGCAAUUUAUUCAUGUUGGUUGUGAUCAAAUGUAACUUUGGUAAUAAAAUUUUGGUGACAUAAUACUGAGCUACGUGAUCAAAGCAUGCCUGUUGCUCGUGCUACAAAAGCUAUGUUCAGCUGUACUUCAGCUGUUGCAUUGGAGACUUUGUGUAAUAUGUUAGUUGUAUUAAAAUUUGUAUUAACGUAUGUUUUACAUUUGCUGGCUAAUAUUAAAAUACACUAAAUUUGUUGUGGAUGACUUUGCUAAAACUUUCAAGAGAUAAAGAUGCGCAGUUUGACUUCAUGAACACGUG